CGGCUCUCUGAUUGGAGGACGUCUGCUUACGUAGCAAUGGUCCGGAAGAUGUCGCUCAGGCUAGUCCUAAAAAACUUCCGCCUUAAGUUGUAAAGAAAACAUAGCAGCUAAAAGGCAAUCGACGGCAUUACCCACCUAUUUAAGAAGCCAGACCAAAGAUCUCUUGUCACUCUGGAGCUCCCGUGUUUUUCAGAGUGUGUGUGAGUGUGUGUGUGUGGGUAGGUGAGUGUAUGUGUGAGUGUGUGUGAGCUGCAGUUUUCCCUCCUCACCUUUUCACCAAGAGCGGCUCCUCCCUGGAGGAUGACAAUGGAGGAGAUGAAGAAUGAAGCGGAGACAAACUCCAUGGUAUCCAUGACACUGUACGCCGUGAUGUACCCCGUUUUCAAUGAGCUGGAGAGGAUCAACCUAUCAGCAGCUCAGACGCUCAGAGCGGCCUUCAUAAAGGCGGAGAGGGAGAACCCCGGCCUGACUCAGGACAUCAUAAUGAAGAUCCUGGAGAAAAAGAACGUCCAGAUCAACUUCACUGAAUCCCUACUGCGCAUGGCGGCCGACGAUGUGGAAGAGUUCAUGAUUGACCGACCUGAGCAGGAGUUCCAGGACCUGAAUGAGAAGGCCAGAGCUCUGAAACACAUCCUCAGCAAAAUCCCUGAUGAGAUCAAUGACAGAGUACGCUUCCUACAGACUAUCAAAGACAUAGCCAGCGCCAUAAAAGAGCUCCUGGACACAGUCAACAAUGUCAUAAAGAAAUACCAGUACCAGAAUCGCAGAGCCCUGGAGCACCAGAAAAAGGAGUUUGUGAAAUACUCCAAAAGUUUCAGCGACACCCUCAAAACAUACUUCAAAGACGGAAAGGCAAUAAAUGUCUUCAUCAGUGCAAACCGGCUCAUCCACCAAACCAACCUCAUACUGCAGACCUUCAAAACUGUGGCCUAGCCCUCAGAGUCCACAGAGUCCCCUCCCCGUCUCCCGCCUCCCCCCACCUCUCUCCUCAUCCGUGGGGAGCAACUGCUAGGAUGGUGGAAGCUUGAAGAGCGCCUGACCCAUAUAUGUAAAUUAGAAAAGAGUUGAUUUUAGGGUUGGGGGUCGAUUCCAUUGAAAGUCGAUAUUCUAGAUUCCAGUUCAAGAGACUGAAAAGUGCCAUUUGUUUUACUCCAAUGAGGAUUUUUCCAGUCUUGAAGUGGAACUGAAUGGGCCCAAAGUUCUUGGUUGAUUGAUUUUAUUUGGACAGUUUUAAUUUAUAACCCUGGUCUUGUUGGGAGUAGGUGAGGCGAGGUGUUUAUUAAAGACUAAUUGCCAUUUUUUUUCUAAUAUAUUCAUGUUGAUCAUUUUACUUUUAGCUUAUUCAAUCACGGCUACACAUCUCAGACCGCAUUCCAUAGGGGUGUGUCUCAGUCGUAUAUACUGGUUUUCUCUUCUCGGCUCCUUUUUUGUGUCGUCUUUUUUUUUUUUUUUUUGCCAUGGUCUGUACGCGCAGGAUCUAGCUGCGAGGAGGGGAAGCAGUGUUGGACAUUUGAAAGGCAGACCCAGAUUUCAUUUCUCUUUAUUAUCAGAAGACAGAAAGCCAAAUGACUUCCAGCACAGUGUGCGCCUUACCAAGUCCUGUAACAUUCCCUCCUCUCAGUGUAAUGAAGUGGAGCCAGUCCCUGCUGUUGGGGGAUGUAGAGAGAGAAUUGAAAGUUCUGUAUUUAACUGAUAUCUGGUUGCAAAUGUUCAAUAAAUAGUUUCCAAAUGA